GCCGUCGGUUUGCGAACCGGAUAAAGCUGAGGCCGCUCAUUUAGUAGCCCCGGGAUACAAAAAAAAAAGUCCAGGCUGAAGCGAGAAGCCCUUGAAUCUUGAAUCUUGACCACAAUCUUCAUCUGAUGCAUAAGAUUACGCCGUGCAUCUGGAUCAGAAUUUUGGUCAGGAUCAUGAACGACCACGUCGCCUGACGAUCAUCCUUUCCCGACUAAAAUCGGUAUUGAGAAGAAGAUGAAGAUUAGGAUUCUCAGUGUUGCUCAACCUUAGGGCAGGACCCACAAUGGGAGUACGGUCGACUUGUGAAGAAAAUAUUUGCUGUUUUUACUAUAAAGACCCCAUCAAGGGAUGUCUCAAAUAGUAGUAGCAUAGGCCGCCACUUAAGUAGAGCGACAACAACCAAUGUUUGAGAACGCAUACAGCCUCCAUGGAAAGAAAUUUUUUCAUCUGUAUUACAAGGAAAUUUGAAUCUCAGUACAACAUUAGCAGCUGCGUCUGCAGCAUUGGCUUUCAAUAUUUCAGUACAACACUGUUUACUGUAUACGGGUAAGAAAAUGGCGUCUCGCACCUCGUCGAUCACGUCGCACGUUUUGGUUCCUUCGCUUCUCCUGAAGUUGCUACAACUCUCGAACUUGCUACAGCUCCAUGUUGUGGUCGCGGCUCGAAGGAGUUUCCUGCAAAAGAGAGUUCCGAGCAGGAAACUGGAAGCCGAAAUCUCUAGUCGAAGUUAUGACGCCUCCUUCUACGUCGAAGAAGAGGACGUCUUAGGACAAGAGGAAGAGACCCGAGCUGCCACAACAUCUUCAGUGUCCUCGCCGGUCGAAAAAAAAACUAAAUUUUGCCCACUCUGCUUGACGGAUGUACCAGAUGAAGAACACGAGGACUCGAAUGGCAACAAUGUGGUUCAGUUCCUGUUACCUUACACCUGCGGGCACGGAUUCUGCAGUGCGUGUUUGGAUCAGGACGGGGUUUCAGCCGUAGCAAAGGUGCGCGUGACGGCGUGCUGCCCCACGUGUAGUGCAUCUCCAGUGUUGUCGCAGCGAAUAGCGCAUGACAUUCGACUGCAAAAGCCGCGGUUGAUUCGAGCGAGUGGGACUGAGUAUCGCCUUGCUUUGUUCACGGAUUGUGGUGCCGCACAGUGUCUCCAAGAAUCAGACAUGAACCUCCACGGAGCAAGAAAACGAACAACAAGAGCGGGAUCUUCAAGCUUUUUACAGAAAAGGCAGUGGCUUGUACUCUCUGACGAGGCGCCUGAAUCUUUGCUGUUGUUGGAACGAGAUGUAGCGCUGAGGGAGAAUAACUGCAAGUAUAUGCCUUCGGUGCACGCACUCGAACGAAGCUUCCCGCUUUUGACUACCGUUAUGAAAAGGUCUCUGCUGCCCCCGUGGAAUUGGUAGUUGCUCCGUGGUCAAUGAUACAAGAAUAUUCUUAUCUCAAUAGCGUUCUAGAAUUUCUUGAAUACCGAAGGGUCACAAGGCUGCUUAUGUAAAAUGGAAGAAGAAGAAGAUUUUUUCUAAUCGGAAAGAGGUGACAGAGACUUUUAUUUCCGGAGUCGAAGACGUUGUCGCGCGCUCAAAAAGCGGGUUACGCGAGCACGAUCCAAUAAUCAACUUGCGUGCCCAUUUGUGGCUCUACCUCAAUGGUGUGUGCCGACGAGCAGAGCACGGUUUUUCAACUACUAGUUUCUCGCCGAGGAAAAGUGUAAACCAAGACGAACAAAAUAGAGCUGUUCUAGAAGUACCUCCAGAGGAGUGUCCUGGCAGUUUCUCAACCAGUGCAGUGACGAAAGAAGCACGCCUUCCUGCUAAAGCACUGGGGGAUCUCGUGGACGUUGGACCUGAUGAGGUAUCUUCGUCUUCUUCAUCUCCCAGCUUUGGGCAAGAACAAGGCCCUGCUUCAGGCGCUGCUUUGCUGGGAGGUGAUCCACAAGGACCGAUCGAAGAUGUUGGUGACUUAAACUUUGAAGAAGAAGAUUUUGAAGAGGGAGCCACUUCAAGGUGCAGUCGUAGCAGGGCCUCUUCUACUGUUAAGGGUUACAACUGUUCAUCGUCCACAAAGAUCCGUAGCUCUUUUUCAGAUAGAAACUAAGUCAGGGAAGACUUUGUGAGGAAUGCAAGAAUUGCGUCCCCUCUAAACAGCAUGGUAUCGUCAACAGCCGCCGCGCCACCGUGGUAUCGGUGGAAGAGAUUCCGACAGCAGACGCCGCUUUGUUUUGGCACGAAAUUUGCGCGUCGCCGCUUUCGCUUUUGGCAACUCUUUUUCAUCCUCUUGUCCGAUGUUGUGUGGCCGGAGCGAAGAGGGACCAAGGCGGACGUCGUGCGCGAGAAGAGGCGGCGCGAGAAGAGACACUGGUUGCUCUUGAUCAUAUACUACAGGGUAUGCCAGAAACUACGCAUCUACUUGCCUGUCAAGAGAAGAAACCGCCGAGUGCAGUCGUUGAAAUAUCCUCAGCAGGAAAGUCUUCAGCGGACGGUGGAAUUACCACAGGAACACUGCACGCGCUCGUGACGGGCGGAGGUGUGAUCCUUUUUUCAAUGGAGAGGUUGCAAGGAUGCCUUGUUGUCAUGUCCAGUCCCGAACCCUCUGGUAAUGCGAGCGGUCUGGCAGAGACAGCCUCUUGGGUACCCAUAGUUAAGGCUGAGUAGUCUAACACUAUCCUAUGUGAACUAUGUUGAGUGGGGUCGUCCUUGAUUUAAAAAGGGGAAGCUGGGCAAAGAGGGCAACCCACUCAGCCAGGGAUAGUGAAAACAUACCUUUAACAUAGAUGCCCGAACCCCCGCCGAAUCACGAGAAAGCUGUGCACUAGCUCGGAGGCUGCUGGAUGGUGUAUUGAUGAGGACACACUCCGAUCACAAAUGAUAGAUUUUUAGUUCAUAAUUCUGUUACUUGUCAUAUCCGUUACGUAGCUGCUUUGCUUGGAGUCUAGUAUGAUUUGCAAUCCAGCAAUUUCUGCAGUAGAAUGCGCUGCAUCUAUUGCAUUUUCAUCAACUCUCAUGAUUACUACUCUCACGAUUGCAGUUUGAUGCUUAGACAUUGCCGCAUUUGUUAUUCCUGAAACUUAUUUAUGAAUACAAUGUAUUUCGUGCUAUGAAAGAUGAUUGAUUUUAAUACUGGUGGUUUGUGAAAAACUAAUAUUAUGGCGUUUACGAUUGAGGGUACGCGAGCACGACCACUUAUCUACUUGGCAAAGACCGUGUGAUAUAGGUUCUUUUCCAUAUCUAGCGAUUUUUUUACAUAGCUGAAUUCUCUUACGCCUCCUUAGGUAGUUAAGCUACAACUAUAACACGGAACGAAAACAUGACAAUGACACUGAUAGACGAGGGGCUUUGCCCGCACUCCGAUCAGCUGACGUUGAAGACAAUUUUUGCAAUACCCGCUGCUCUUUCUUUGAUAUCUAAGUAGGUAUAUCAUCUGCACUAUUGUGUAGUGAACGCUGAAAUUGCGAAGAGGCACGCCACAUUCUG